AUGGAAGAGCGUGACCUUAAAAAGUUAUUGCAAACGAAGAAUGGUUGUCGAAUUCCAUACAUGUCGCCUCUACCUGAUACGGACCAAGUGGGGAAGCUGCCAUUUACACCGUUACCGCCCUACAAUAGACUCAAAGAAAGACAAAGAAAAUUUCGCAAAAUACUUGAAGAAAAAGCAACUCAAAACAAGAUUGCUGUGUCAAGAUUACCUCUGCAACGAUUGGAGCGUGACCGCUUAGAGAUAGCACAAACACAUCACAUCGAAGUGCUACGCCAAUGCGCCAAACAUAUUCAGCCGGCGCCAAUGUUAAAGCAAUGGGAACGGAAAAUUUCCAGUUUGAUCUCCGCCAAACUACAUAACGAAUUUCCUAAAAUGAUAGUAGAUCUUAUUGAAGAAAGCAAAGAGGAGUGGAAUAAAAACCUGCAUGAACUGGCUGUGAAGACUAUAAUUAGAGAUGAACCAGGUGUGCCUCGAGUAAGAUACCAAGAAUCUUAUUUUAAAUACAGGGCUAUCACUAAAAAUUAUUUUAAAUUAGUUCAGUUUCGUAAAAAGUUACAAGAGCAAACCCUUAUACUUCACCCUUUUAUUAGGCUUAUUGUGGAGUCUGCUGAAAAGAUGUUUCCAGAACACAUAAUCGAUUUAGCUAGAUAUAGAGCUCAAGGUCUUUUAAAUUUACAUGAUUUUGAGACAAAGGUUUUGGAGGAAAUAAAACGUGCUGACUAUUUAGUGUCUAGCACAUGGUACGGGGUUCUAGUUCAGUGGCUGAAAAACCCACGAUGUUUGAGGAAUAUGCGUACUAGCAGAAUACCAAAAUUUAUAAUUGUUGCCUCAAAAAUUAUAUCAAUGCAAAUUCAGGAGUUGAUGCGUAGGUCCAUCGACUUUAUAGUAGAAUCGCUAAAAAAUCCAGAGUCUAUCCCUAUUCUCAAUUUAGAUUUACAUUUAGAUGGAGAAUUUAUUUACAAUCCAUCAUUAGAAACAGUUUACGGAGUAUACCAUAACAUCGCAAAUGCAAUAGCUCACAUAGCACAAAGACUUAUACCGAUAGAAGAAUAUCUUAAAAUACCAUACGACUACGAUGCUUUACCAGUUCGCUAUAAUACCUGGUUAAAUAACAACGGUCAUGAAAAGUUACAAAACCAAUUACUUGUAGUAUUUGAGCCCCUUUGUAAUUACUUAUAUAAUCUUCGCCAACAAUACAGUAUGUUGUAUGGAGAUGCAGCAAAAGAAGCCCUCUUUGAAUUUAUUAGAAAAAAUGAAGGUUUUGACGAAUCACGGGAUAAAAUUCAAUAUUUCCGAGAAAUUGAUUCUGAAAUAACGGCAAUUUUAGAAAACGCAUAUUUUAAUUGUGCGAUUGUAGGGCAACUAAAAAUGGUUGAUGGCUUAAAACGUAAAGCAUCUGAAUUUAUUAACGACAUAAUAGCAGGAAUAAUAAGAUCACAUAUCGAGGAAAAUAACAGCAUCUGCAGCGAGUUCGAAGAAAUAGCUGCAAAUGCUUUAAAACAGCCAAAGGAUGCAGAAGAAUUAAUAGAACAGGGAAUUUAUAUUUUGAAGGCAAAAACUGUUUUAGUUGAAGCCUUGAAAGAAAGAAUUUCUGUACAACUUAAUAUUGUUUCUAAUCUUCUUCAGAUGAUUUCUUUAACACCAGAACACCUCGCGUCAAAUACGCGGACUGUUAACUGGCUCAAAGACAUAAAACCUCUUUUUGAAAGGAACGCUACGGCAUACGAAUCCACUAAAUCAGAGAUGGAAGAGUACCUGCUCAGUCAAAUUGCAUAUCUUAACCAGGAAGUGAUUGACAUGUCACCUUAUUUAGAACUAUUAGAUAAUAUGGACGAUAUCCAUCACACGUUUGAAUAUUUAGAGUAUUUAAGAAAACUAGUACAUCGGUUGGAUGGUUGUAAUAAACUUGUCAAGUGGAUUAAUAAAGAAGAAAAAACAUUUAAAUUUCCUGUUACUACAUAUCCAGACUUAGAAGAAUUGAAAGAAUAUAUUAUACCCUUUCACAGCCUUAUUUACCUUCUUCAUACCUGGAAACGGAGUUACUAUACCUGGAUGGAUGGGCCAUUCGAGUAUUUGGAUCACAACCAAAUAGAACAAGACCACGAUUAUUAUUACAAAGAAUUUCUAAAGAUCUCUAAAAAUUAUAAGAUGAAAAUAAAACAGCAAAUUGCUGAGGGUGUAGAAAGAAGAUUUCAAGGACUAGUAGAUGAUUUUGACCUAAACAAUCUCCCAGCUCCUAUGAAAUUAUGCGCUCAAGCUGUCGCCGAAUUGAAGGAUUGGAGACCUAAUGUACAAAUGGCUCAUAUUAUGUGUAAUCCUGCAUUGGUACAAAGGCACUGGGAUGAAAUGUCUCUCAUUGCUGGUUUUGAUUUAACUCCUACCGCUGGAACAACAUUAAGAAAAAUUAUAGAUAGUAAUUUAUGGAGUCAGAUUGACCAAUACGAAAUCAUUAGUAUAGCUGCAACAAAAGAACUUGCUCUAGUAACGAGUCUCAAUAAAAUGAUUGCCGAAUGGGCUGAUAUAUGCUUCAAAACAAGUCCAUACAAGGAUACGGGAAUACACAUACUUUCUGGAUUAGAUGAUGUACAAAGUGUUUUAGAUGACCACAUAGUUAAAACAAUCGGAAUGAGGGGGUCAGCUUUUGUUAAACCGUUUGAAUCGCGAGUAAAAGAAUGGUACGACAAUAUUACAAGAGCAAAUGCCACAAUAGAUGAAUGGGGUAAAGUGCAAAGUCAGUGGCUGUAUCUACUGCCUAUUUUUUCUUCUAAAGAUAUUGUGGCGCAAAUGCCAGAAGAAGGAGUAAUGUUUGUUGAAGUUAAUAAUAUUUAUCGUAGAUUUAUGGGAUGUGUAGAUAAAGAUCCACAUGCACUCGAGCUCGCUGGUGCUUUUGGAGUAUUAGAACAAUUUAAGUUAGCGUCAGACUUACUGGAAAAAAUUAAUGAUGGUGUUAAUGAUUAUUUAGAAAAGAAGAGGCUAUAUUUUCCACGAUUCUUCUUUUUAUCUAACGAUGAAAUGUUGGAAAUUUUAUCUGAAACUAAGAACCCACUUAAAGUGCAACCCCAUUUAAAAAAAUGUUUUGAGGGUAUUAAUCGACUAGUAUUUGACGAGGUAUUUAAUAUCUCUGCGAUGAUAUCUAUGGAAGGUGAACGAGUAGAAUUUCUGGCUACAAUUAGUGUCGAAGCGGCAAGAGGCUCUGUGGAGAAAUGGCUGGUGCAAGUCGAAGAACAAAUGUUGAAAGCGGUGAAAUCGGAAACUGAACUGUCCUAUUAUGAUUAUCAGAAUGUAACUCGGCCCGAGUGGAUAUUGUCCUGGGAAGGUAUGGUUGUUCUUGCUGUAUCUCAAAUAUACUGGGCUGUAGACGUUCACGAUGCUUUAAAUACUCAUUACUUACAUGAGUUAGAGUCGUUUCAUGUUUCUUUAACUAAACAACUCGCUGAAACGGUAGCCAUAAUUCGACGCACAGAUAUAAGUAAAUUGAGCAGUAUAACAGUGAAAGCUCUUAUUGUUAUCGACGUGCACGCAAAAGACGUGAUUGCUGAUUUAAUAGAAAAACAGGUAAACGAGGUUACAGACUUUCAAUGGUUGGCACAACUUCGAUACUACUGGGAGGAUGAAAAGGUACUCGUCAAAAUAAUAAAUGCUGUUGUGAACUAUGCUUAUGAAUACCUUGGGAAUUCUGACCGUUUGGUUAUUACACCAUUAACAGAUAGAUGUUACCGAACACUCGUAGGUGCUUAUUAUCUCCACUUAAAUGGUGCUCCAGAAGGACCCGCAGGAACCGGCAAAACUGAAACAACUAAAGAUUUAGCUAAGGCACUCGCCGUUCAGUGUGUUGUAUUUAAUUGUUCUGAUGGACUAGAUUAUAAAGCCAUGGGUAAAUUUUUUAAAGGGUUGGCUUCGUGUGGAGCCUGGGUGUGUUUUGACGAAUUUAACAGGAUUGACGUUGAAGUACUGUCUGUAAUAGCACAGCAAAUUCUAUGCAUCGUUCAAGCCGUGCGUCAGAAAUUGGAAACGUUUUUAUUUGAGGGGACUACUUUAACUUUAAAUCCUGCUUGUUAUGUGUGUAUAACUAUGAAUCCCGGCUAUGCAGGGCGUUCGGAGUUACCUGAUAAUUUAAAAGUACUCUUUAGGACAGUCGCUAUGAUGGUUCCAGAUUACGCAAUGAUAGGAGAAAUUUCCUUAUACUCCUUCGGCUUUAUAGAUGCUCGAAGCUUAUCUGUUAAAAUUGUUACAACAUAUCGAUUAUGUUCAGAACAACUAUCAUCACAAAAUCACUACGACUAUGGAAUGCGUGCUGUAAAAACAGUAUUAUCAGCAGCUGGUAACUUGAAACGGGCAUAUCCACAUGAAAGAGAGAGUAUCCUACUACUUCGAUCUAUUACUGACGUAAACCUACCAAAGUUUUUGUCAUUUGAUGUACCUCUGUUUGAAGGUAUUAUAUCAGACCUGUUCCCGGGAAUUGGUUUACCUAAACCUGACUAUAUAAACUUUCUAAAUGCCUGCGUCGAUAGUUGUGAAAAAGAUAAUCUCCAGCCACUGGAAAGUUUUCUGGUAAAAAUAACACAAACUUAUGAAAUGAUGAUUGUUAGACAUGGAUUUAUGCUAGUAGGUGAUCCCUUUUCUGGCAAGUCAAUGACACUGAAGACAUUGUCUCAGGCCCUUACUCUUAUGUAUGAAAGAAACCAAGUAAAUGGGUCGGAAUGCACAUAUAAAGUAUUAAAUCCAAAAGCCGUUACUAUGGGUCAGCUAUACGGAGCAUUUGAUCCAAUUUCUUACGAAUGGACUGAUGGUAUAGUAGCAACCAUGUUUAGAAAUUUUGCAUCAGAAGAUACACCUGUUAGAAAAUGGAUUGUGUUUGAUGGUCCGGUAGACGCUGUUUGGAUUGAAAAUAUGAACACAGUAUUAGAUGACAACAAAAAACUUUGUUUGACGUCUGGAGAAGUGAUUUCUAUGACCAAUGUUAUGUCAAUGAUAUUUGAAGUAAUGGACUUAACUCAAGCAUCUCCUGCUACUGUAUCUAGAUGUGGAAUGAUAUACAUGGAAUCAGCUACUCUUGGUUUUAUGCCUUUUUAUAAGUCCUGGUUGAAAACUUUAAACCCUAUUUGGUCAGAGGACAAUGAGGAAUACAUUUUCGAGAUGUGCAAAUGGCUCUUUGAACCGUUUGUAUACUUUGUUCGAAAACAAUGUGUACAACUGGUUACAGCUGGAGAAGUAAACUUAAUAAUCAGCACACUCAGAUUGAUAGUCAUGUUAAUGGAUAAUGCCGUAGAGGGAGAAGAGGACACAAGAUAUUCAAGAACUUGGUUCGUAGCAUCAUUUAUGACUGCGUUAGUUUGGGGUGUGGGUGGAAUAUUAAAUUCUCAUUCUCGAGAACAAUUUGAUGUUUUAUUAAAAGAUUACUUCAGAGGUGAAUACGGUAUACCGGCUUCAAUCGAUCGAAUUGAUGUAUCUAUACCAAGCGAGGGAAUGAUAAUUGAUCAUUAUUACAUGUACAAAGGUAAAGGAUGUUGGAAAUCAUGGGGAGAGACAGUCAAAGGAGUUCAAGUCAAAGAAAAGAUUAAUUUAUUGCAAACUGUGAUCCCAACAUUGGAAACCGAAAAAUACAUGGCUCUAAUAGAGUUACAUACAAAAUUUAGACAGCCUCUGCUUCUCAUCGGGCCAACAGGGACGGGCAAAAGCUUUUACAUUCAGAACUAUUUAAUGAAUUCUAUUAAUAUUGACAAAUAUACUCCAGGAUUUUUGACUUUCACUACUACUACCUCUUGUAAUCAAACCCAAGAUUUGGUUCUUUCGAAAUUGGUCAAAAGGAGAAGAGGUAUUUAUGGUCCUACUAAAGGUAAACAGGCCAUAAUAUUUAUUGACGAUAUGAAUAUGCCCGCCAAAGAAGUUUAUGGAGCUCAACCAGCUAUAGAGUUACUUAGAUUAUAUUUCGAUCAAAAACAUUGGUACGAUUUAAAAACAACAGAAAAAUUAUUCAUUUUGGACACGUUCUUCUAUGGAGCCAUAGGUCCCGUCGGUGGCAGCCGCCAAUUGAUUUAUCCGAGAUUAUUAAGACAUUACAAUAUUUAUUCUAUUAAUGAAUUUUCAAAAGAAAGUAUGACUAAGAUAUUUUCGUCUUUAUUACAAUUAGGGUGGAAAAGAAAUGGAUUUGGUCAAGACGCUCAAGUCUAUAUACUUAAUAUUAUACCUGCAACAAUGGAUAUAUAUAACCAAGCAAUGGAAGGUUUAAGACCGACACCAGCAAAAUCGCAUUACAUAUUUAAUCUAAGAGAUUUUUCGAGAGUAAUUCAGGGAUGUGCAUUGUUAAGAAAAGAAAGCGCAGAAAACAAGAAAACUUUCACGAGAGUCUGGGUACACGAGAUUUUGCGAGUAUUUUAUGAUAGACUUGUAGAUGCCGAUGACAGGACGUGGUUUUAUACAGUUCUCAAGAAGUCUACCAAAGAUUUUAUGAAGGAAACUUUUGAAAACGCUUUAGACACAUAUCAAAAUGACAAAGAAGAAGUUACCCAAGAAACUAUAAAAAAUAUGAUGUUUGGUUGUUAUUUAGACACAGAUAGUCCCGAAGGUGAACGUCGUUAUGAAGAGAUUCCUUCCAGAGAAGUAGUAUUAAAUGUAGCCCUUACAAUGUUAAACGAAUAUAAUGCAAUGCACAAAUCAAAAAUGAAUAUAGUAUUAUUUGACUACGCUUUAGAACAUUUAUCGAAAAUUUGCAGGCUUCUAUCCAUGCCUUCAGGAAAUGCAUUAUUGGUUGGUGUUGGCGGCUCUGGUCGUCAAUCACUAACACGACUAGCCGGCACUAUGUUAGGUCAAAGUGUUUUUCAACCAGAAAUUACAAAAUCUUACAGCAAUAAAGAUUGGCAAGACGAUAUUAAAAAAGUACUCCGUGAAUCUGGUGGUCUUAAUAAAGACACGACUUUUUUAUUUACAGAGAAUCAAAUAAAAGAAGAACUGUUUAUACAAAAUCUUGACGGUCUCCUUAAUUCUGGCGAAGUGCCGAACCUAUAUGGCUUAGAUGAACAACAAGAAAUUCUUGAGCUUGUUCGCUUAGCAGCACAAGGUGGAAACCGAAACCUAGAUAUAAGUCCGUUACAAAUAUUUUCUUUCUUUGUGGGUCGCUGUAAAGCAAAAUUACACAUUGUGCUAUGUUUUAGCCCCAUAGGGAGUGCUUUCCGAACAAGAUUGAGGCUUUAUCCGGCUUUAGUGAAUUGCUGCACCAUUGAUUGGUAUGAUAGUUGGCCUGAAGAUGCGUUAGAAAUGGUGGCACAUCAUUAUAUGUACAAAGUAAAUGUUCCCGACAAGGUGAAGGCGUCUGCAGUGAUUAUUUGUAAACAAUUUCAUGUUGAUGCUCGUAUUGUCUCAACAGACUUUUAUAAUAAUUACGGAAGAAAAACAUAUAUUACAUCUGCAUCAUACUUGGAUUUAAUCAAAUCUUUCACUACAUUAACAAAUAGAAAACAAAGGGAAUUAAGAGCCUCCAAACUUAGAUAUACCAACGGUUUAGAUAAGCUCAGUCAGGCUGCUGAAGCAGUUACUAUAAUGCAACGUGACUUAAGCGCUUUGAAACCUCAGCUCAUGAUAAUGGCGGCAAAAUCGGUUAAAAUGAUGGAGGAGAUAGCAACUGAAACUGCAAUUGCCGAUAAAGCAGCAGCUCAAGUAAGAGAAGAUCAAAAAGUGGCUAAUAUCCAGGCAGCAGCUGCUCAAGAACUAAAAAAAGACUGUGAAGCAGAUUUAGCUCUUGCAAUGCCAAUUCUAGAAGAUGCUAUUGCUGCCUUAAACACGUUAAAACCCGCUGAUAUCACUAUUGUAAAAUCAAUGAAAAAUCCACCAUACACAGUGAAGUUGGUUAUGGCGGCAGUGUGUGUCAUAAAAGGUGUUCCCCCUGAUAAAAUUCCUGAUCCUAAUAAUCCAGGAAAAAAAAUUUUUGAUUAUUGGGGUCCAAGUAAAAGAAUCCUAGGUGAUAUGAGUUUUUUGGAGUCACUGAAAAACUUUGAUAAAGAUAACAUAUCUAUUCCAGUCAUGCAAAAAAUUAGAAAAGAAUAUCUAACUAAUAAAGACUUUAAGCCUCACAUAGUCGCAAAAGCUUCUACGGCCGCUGAAGGUUUAUGUAAGUGGAUUAUUGCAAUGGACAUGUAUGACGCAGUGGCCAAGGUAGUAGCUCCAAAAAAGGCAAAAUUAGAAGCCGCUGAAAGAGAAUUUGCCCAAACAAUGGCUAUCUUAGAGGAAAAAAAAGCAACUGUAGCGAGAUUAGAAGCUAAACUGGCUGAACUAAACGAGGCGUUGGAGGAAGCGAACACAAAAAAGAAAGCUCUAGAAGAUGAGGUUCAAUUAUGUAUUGACAAAUUAUAUCGAGCGGAAAAGUUGAUAGGUGGCUUAGGUGGAGAAAAAGUACGCUGGACACAAGCAGCUGCAAAUUUGCAAACUCUUUUUGACAAUUUAGCCGGUGAUAUUCUGGUAUCAUGUGGCAUUAUUGCUUAUUUAGCUCCUUAUACUUUACCUAUUAGAACGAAAAUGAUUGACAAAUGGCGAGACCAAGUUAUUAAACUAGACAUGCCACAUUCAGAGCAUUUUGUUUUCAAAGAUAUUCUUGGGACUGACAUAAAAAUUCAAAAUUGGUGUAUUGCUGGAUUACCCAGGGACUCUUUUUCUGUAGAUAAUGGAGUCAUACAAGACAAUUCAAUGAGGUGGUCUUUACUUAUUGAUCCUCAAGGACAAGCUAAUAAAUGGAUUAAAACAAUGGAAAAAUCAUGUGACCUACAAGUGGUGAAAUUUACGGAUGGCAACUACAUGAAAGUUAUUGAAGCUUGUUUAGAAUAUGGCAAACCAGCUCUGGUGGAUAGCGUACUUGAAGAUGUAGAAGCGCCAUUAGAUCCGAUUCUGCUAAAAAAUACGUAUAUGCAGGGUGGCAGGGAAUUUAUUGCUAUAGGAGACAACGUUAUAGAAUAUCAUCCUAAUUUUAGACUUUACAUGACGACUAAAUUACGUAAUCCACAUUAUCUUCCAGAAAUUUUUAACAAAGUAACCUUAAUUAAUUUUGCUCUCACUAAAGAUGGAUUGGAAGACCAACUAUUAGGUAUAGUUGUAGCAAAAGAAAGGCCGGAUUUGCAAGAGAAAAGAGAAAAGCUGAUAGUACAAGGUGCCGCUAAUCGAGCAGCAUUGAAGCAAGUUGAAGAUGACAUAUUGCGUACGUUACAAGAAUCCAAGGGUGAUAUAUUAGAAGAUGAAAGUGCUAUAGAAGUAUUAGACUCCUCGAAAUUAUUAGCUGUUGAUAUUAUGAAGAAACAAGAAGCUAGUUUAGAAACGGAAAUAGUAAUAGAGAAGUUUCGUCUUGGCUAUAGACCUAUUGCUUCACAUUCUGCUGUAUUAUAUUAUUGUGUCACUGAAUUACCAAAUGUCGACCCUAUGUAUCAAUAUUCCUUAACAUGGUUUAUUAAUCUAUAUAUAUUAUCAAUCGAAAAUGCGAAUAAAUCAAAAGAUUUAGAAAAAAGGUUGAAAUUUCUUAAAGAUACAUUUACUUACAAUUUAUAUAGUAAUGUAUGCAGAUCACUUUUUGAUAAGGACAAACUUAUGUUCUCAUUCAUUAUGUGCUCUAAAAUGAUGCUGUCGACAGGAGAGAUGGAUACAGACGAACAUCUAUUUCUGAUAACAGGGGGUAUUGCCAUCGAAAACCCCAUUAAAAAACCAGUGGAAUGGAUUCCUGUUAAAAGUUGGGACGAAAUUUGCCGCAUUAGUAAUUUGCCAAAGUACAAGGAUUUUCACAAGGAUUUCACAAAAAACAUAUCUCAAUGGAAAGAAGUUUAUGACGACUUAGAGCCCCACACUAAAAUUUUACCAGGGGUUUGGGAUGAAAAGUUGUCACAAUUUCAGAAACUGUUGGUAGUGAGAAUAUUAAGGCCCGAUAAAUUAACCAUAGCUAUAUCUGAAUUCGUUGAAAAACAAAUGGGGAAAAAAUACACGACCCCACCACCAUUUGAUAUUGGGAAAUCAUUUGGUGAUUCAAACUGCCUUGCACCUUUAAUAUUUAUUUUGUCACCUGGGUCCGAUCCCAUGGGAGCUUUAAUAAAAUAUUGUGAACGUAUGGGUUAUUUAAAUAGAUUUAAUUCCAUAUCCCUAGGUCAGGGGCAAGGUCCUAUUGCACGGGCCAUGAUAGAAAAAGCCCAGCUUGAAGGUGGUUGGGUUUGUUUACAAAAUUGCCAUUUAGCAGUUUCUUGGCUCCCAGUUCUGGAAAAAAUUAUAGAAGCGUUUGAUUUAACUAACACAGAUUUGAGUUUUAGACUAUGGUUGACAAGCUACCCUUCUGAUAAAUUUCCGCAGUCGGUUCUGCAGAUCGGUGUCAAAAUGACAAACGAGCCCCCUACAGGCUUACAACAUAAUCUGAAUCGCUCAUAUAUUUCGGAACCUCUAAAAGAAACUGAUUUUUUCGAAGGAUGUCCCGGAAAGGAUAAAACAUUUAGUAAGCUCUUAUACGGAAUCAGUUUUUUCCACGCUGUAGUACAAGAAAGAAAAAAGUUUGGUCCUUUGGGAUGGAAUAUUCAAUAUGGUUUUAAUGAUUCCGAUUUUCAAAUAUCAGUAAUGCAAUUACAAAUGUUUUUAAAUCAGUACGAAGAAAUACAAUAUGUAGCCGUAAAAUACUUAACUGGUGAAUGUAAUUACGGUGGUAGAGUCACAGAUGACUGGGAUCGUCGGUUGAUAAUUACAAUAUUAGAUAACUAUGUUAAUCCUGGAGUAGUUAAUGAUCCAAAUUACACAUUUUGCGACAUCGGGCCUCAAUAUGGAUUACCUCGUAGAUGCGAAUAUCAAGAUUAUCUUAAGCAUAUUGAAACAGUUCCUGUAAAUCCUCCCCCUGAAGUGUUUGGACUACAUAUGAAUGCUGGUAUAACUCGUGAUUAUGCUGCAUCUAUGGCAUUAACGGCGUCCUUGGUACUCGUUGAAGGUGGUGGUGGCAGUGGCGAUAGUGGAAAUACAGAAGUUAUUCUUGUACAAAUGGCUACAGAAAUAAUUUCUAAGCUGCCCAAAGCGUUUGAUAUUGAAACAGCCCAAAAAUAUUAUCCAGUCGAUUACAGUGAGUCUAUGAAUACAGUCUUGAUACAAGAAAUGGAACGUUUUAAUAAGCUAUUAAAUGAGAUUUCGGUAUCCUUAAAAGACUUACAAAAGGCAGUAAAAGGUCUAAUCGUAAUGUCUCCUGCUUUAGACUUACAAUCUAAUGCCAUGUUAUUAGGAAGAAUCCCAGAUAACUGGCGCAAAGUAUCCUACCCAAGCUUAAAGCCACUACCUAGCUAUGUCUCUGACUUUAUAGAACGUCUAAGUAUGUUAAACAAUUGGUAUGAAAAGGGAAAACCGCCUACAUUUUGGUUAUCAGGUUUCUUUUUUACUCAAGCUUUUCUCACUGGUUCCAUCCAAAAUUAUGCCAGAGCUAAAAAAAUUCCUAUAGACUUAUUGAUAUUUGAUUUUGAAGUUCGCCGUACAGAUUAUGAGAAAUCUCCACCUGGAUGGGGAGUAUAUGUAGAGGGUCUUUUUAUGGAUGGGGGACGAUGGGAUCGUAAAGAGUUUUCUAUAGCCGAACAGUUCCCAAAAAUAUUAAACGACCUUCUGCCGGUUGUUUGGCUAUAUCCUAAGUUAAAAACUGAAUUCCGAGAAGGCUCGAGGUAUAAAUGUCCUUUAUAUAAAACUCUGGAGAGAAAGGGCGUACUGGCUACUACCGGUCAUUCAUCUAAUUUUGUUUUGGCAUUUUAUCUGCCAUCAAAUAAACCGUCAGCUCAUUGGAUAAAACGAAGCGUGGCUUUACUACUUCAGUUAGAUAACUAA